AUGACAGUUGCCAAGCGAAAUGGCGGAUCUGUGGUUACAGAGUUCCUGAAGUACCCUAAUCUCUAUCAUGUCCGGGCCAUCACCCGUGAUCCUUCCAAGCCUAAGGCUCAGCAGCUCGCUGCUCAGGGAGUUGAACUUUGUCGUGCAGACCUGGAUGGUGACAGAGAAACCCUGACUGCGGCCUUUGCUGGUGCGGAUGUGAUCUACGCACUGACUGACUUCUGGCAAAAGCGGUCUGCUGCUGCAGAGAUCGAGCAGGGCAAGGCGAUUGUGGAUGCUGCUGCUGGCGUAGUGACGUUGCAGCACUUAAUCUGGAGCGCUUUGCCAGACCCCGUCGCCUUAUCUGACGGCAAAUAUCUGAAUGUGCAUCACUGGAAGGGUAAGAGCCUGAUUACUGAGUAUAUCCUGACCCAGAAACCGAACCUCUGGGCAAAGACGACUACCAUUCUCUUCCCCAAUUACUUUGAGAACACUUUGACCGAUCCCCAGCGGUACCUGCCCGUCAAAGACGCCAAAGGCACAUACACGCUCAAGUUCCCACACAGCCCUCAGACGAUUCUGCCUAAUGUGGCGAUUCGUGAUACGGGCAAGCUGGUACAUCAGGUCCUCGAAGCUCGCUCUACCUACUUCACCAAGACCAUUGCCUUCUGGGCUCAGGCGCUAUCCGAGGCCGAAAAGCUCGCUGAGAUGGGCUCCUGUACGACACCCUUGUAUUAA